CGACAUAAACAAAACACCAUUAUUGGAUACACCUCUUUUCUCAAGUCAUUCUUCCGGUCUCUCUAGUCUUUCCCUUCUCUCUCAAUUCACACACACAGAAAAAUCAGAUCAAACCCAAACCCUAUAAUUUCUUUGCUUAAUCUUAAUUUCAGUGAUUUGAAUUUCUUGAAUCAUAUUAAAACGGUAGAAGAUGCAACCAGGUGAAUUUGGUACCAAUUACUAUCCAUAUCAUCAGCAGCAAGGUGUUCAUCAUCAUCAUCCUCAACAACCAGCACCACCAAACCCUAACCCAAUCGAUCUUCAACCACCAACUUAUGCUUCAGCUCCACCUUUCACAUCUCACUAUUCAUCAUCAUCAUCUACUGACUACUCUAACUACUCUUCUUCUGCUUCUGUUUAUCCACCAUAUCCCCAACAAAAUCCUGAUCCAGUAGUACCAAAUCUUCCUCCUCCAGAACCAACAUACGCUCCAAACCCUAAUUAUCAAUCAUUCAAUCCAUCUCCACCUCAACCUUCUCCAAUUUCACCAUUCCCUCCUGCUCCUGAAUCGAAUUCGCAUUUCCCUUCAUCAACACCGUCUUAUUACCCACCUUAUGAUCCUCACCAGGUGAAUCCAAAUUAUGGGUCUCCAUCAAUUCCCCUUUCAAACUCUAAUCCUAAUCCAAUUUCCAAUUUCAAUCACAAUUCCACUCCGCCCCUUCCUUCUUCGCAUUCAUACGGUCCUUACGAUAUGCCGUAUGAUAAUAGUAUGAAAUAUGGUCAAAGGGGUGGUUAUGGUGAAGAUAAUCCUGCCGUAUAUGGAAAUCUAGGUGUUUAUGGUCGAAGUCAAUCUGAUGUUGGUCCGGAUUUAUAUGGCAAGAGACCUGGAAAUGGAAUUCGUUAUGAUCACAGUGCAAUUCAUGAUGAUGGUGUUUAUGCGUAUGAUGGGGGAAAGGUGGAUCCUUAUGGUGCUCGAGGAACUAGUGCAAAAUCUUCAACUUGGUCUACUCCAAAAACUGCAACCACUUUUGAUGAUUAUGGGCGUUCAAUGAGUCAGUCGUCUGGGAUUGGAAAGGAUCAUGGAGGAUCUGCUAAGGUUGUUAGGGCAACUCCAAAGGUGGAGGCACAGCAAGAUGUGAAGAAUGGUGUGCAAAAGUUCCGUGUAAAGAUUUUACCUGAAGGUGGUGGCAGCUCUAUGGAUGUGCUUUGUCAGAUUGGUCUGGAUGGAAUCCGUAUGCUUGAUCCCAAUAACAAUAGGACAUUAAGAAUCUACCCGCUUGAGACAAUCACAAGAUCGGAAGUAAUUGAUUCAUCCAUCUUUGCUUUUUGGUCGAAAAGCUCUGUUGAUGUUGACGCCAGGCGCAUCAGACUGCAGUCAAACAGCUAUACCACCAACACCCUCCUUGACACAGUGACAGCUGCAACUAUUCAGUUUAAGGAGAUGGGUGGAAAAGACAGCUUCAGAAGCAACUCAUCUGAUUCUGGAAAGCUAGCUGAGCAGGCCAACGAAAAAAAGAAAGGUUUGGGUGAUUGGAUGAACAUGAUAAAGCCUGGAAAUGAGGAGAAAGAUCACUGGGUUCCAGAUGAAGCAGUUACAAAAUGUACAGCCUGUGGGACAGACUUUAAUGCUUUUGUGCGAAAGCAUCACUGUAGGAACUGUGGAGAUAUAUUUUGUGACAAGUGUACCCAUGGUAGAAUCGCUCUCACUUCUGAAGAGAAUGCUCAGCAAGUUCGCGUCUGCGAUAGAUGCAUGGCAGAAGUUACUCAGAGGCUGAGCAAUGCCAAAGAAUCUGUCAGCAGACCUGCUGGGUUUAGUCAUGAGGAAUACGCUAAGAAGCUUCAGGAGGAGAUGGACAAAAAUCGUAAAUCAUCAUCAGGUUCAAAAACAUCAUCUGAUGUAUCUGGGAGGAGAAUGAGAGAAGUUGCAUGUCCUACUUGCACUGUCCAUUUGCAGGUUCAAGUCCCAAGUUCUGGUUCAGAGACGAUAGAGUGUGGUGUCUGCCAACAUCCAUUCCUCGUGAGUUCGCAUUGAUGGAUUUAAUGUUCAGUAUAUAUCCAUACAGGGAGCAAGGAUUUACUGUUCAGUAUAUAUAUCCAUACUGUUCAGUGUAUGUGUCCCCUAGCCAACUUAUCUAAUUAGCCGUUUGGAUAAAUGGUUACAAAGCCAUAUAUUGUUGUUUAUUUGAUUUAUUUUCUUUUCCGACGAAAAGUUAAUUUUUUUCUUUUCUUUUUGUAAAUAAGAUAAUUCAUCAAAAAGAGUCGCUGUUACAAUAGGAGUAGAACCAUCUAAUCUGGGAUAACAAGAGUUCCCAAUAUUAGAUUUAUCUACUAAAAGUUGUUUCAUGAUGCACAGGGGAGGUGAAGUAAGUUGUUUCGUGAUGCACAGGGGAUGUACAACUGUACUUAAGGGCCUUACAAACUUGGCUAAGAUAUCCGCAACUUGAUUUCCUUUGA